AAUGCAUUAGAUUGAAAUACUCUAUUGCUGAUUUCUGUAGGAGAUCCAUGCUCCAUAUUGCAUAGGUCAUCUUUUGCGUUGUAGAUUUGUCCUUUCAACACCUAAUAUUCAUCCCCAUUGCUGUUUAGAUCGGAUACCAGAGCUAGUAAGCACAGUCCCAGCAACAGAAAUAAUCGUUUCGAACGUCGUAGACUACUCUAAUACAAUUAGAGGUGAACAGGUCACACGUCCUUGGUUUUACAACUCCCUUUGUACUCUUGCAACUGCCAAGAAUCAUAACCCUAUAUGGACUUUUGCUACUACUGGUAAUAGUGUUUCGAUGCUGCAUCCGACAUAUCGGUUGCACGACUGUAACAUCCCUCGGCUGACCAGCGAGCACUUGUAGAUAUGUAUCCAGUGUUCACCUGCAGGACCGGAAAGAGGGGCUAAACAGGGACCUGGGUUGCUAUCAAUCUACCUGCAGGCCUGUUCCAUUAUCACCUGGUCCAUUUCAGAGACUAGCACCGACCUACAGCCUGCACAUCAUCAUUCGGUAGCAAUGAAUUGCGAAGCUGAGGUGGAUCGAGCUCUGACAGCGCUGUCCUCCCAUCUCCCUGCAGUAGAUUCGGAUUUGGGAAAGUCGCUGAGAGCUAAAAUGCUGGACCUAACAACUGCUUUUGCAAAUGUCUGUAGAGAAGCAGAGACAGCCGUCCAAUUGAAUAUGAAAAAUGAGGCCAUGGUCAUGCAACUGAGAAACGACCUCUCUGAGUCCAGGGCAACAGAACUAGCGUUACGGCGAGAGUGUGUUGAAGCAGCAUCUUCAUUUGGCACUCCCGUGGGUGUGGAAUCCAGCAAGAUGCUGGUGAGAAGCGGACAGCGCAGUGAGACCAGUGACCAUGACAAGCUACUGACUGAGAAUGAAUGUCUCAUUGCGGAAAACAAGCUACUGCGGAAUUCUCUGCGUGUCCUGCAGGAGCAGGUGACAGCGUGUGAUCUUGGCCUGCACUGUAUGGAAAAGGAAAUGUCGGGCAGAAUUCAACAAGCCCAGCUCUUAAUUAGGGACUUGGAACUGUCCAAAGCUCGUCCACCUUCCGUGAACAACGAAGUUUGGGAUCAGCUGGAGGAGGAGCUAGCCAUUCAGCGGCACAAGAGUGUUGUCGACAUACUGAGGCGUAAUGCCCUAGCUGAAGAAGGUGGCAUGCCGCCAUGUCCGCAUGUAAAUGAGGAUUGUACAAAGCCCAAAAACAGCCAGCCACGUCGAGUGCUGUUAGUUCGUGACUCCAAGUCAAGAUCACUUGGCCUAUGUGUAGCAGGGGGCAAGGAAUUUGGAGGACCACUUUUUGUGUCCAGGAUUGUGCCGGACAGCCCUGCACAUGUAUGCCGUGGCCUGUACAUUGGCGACGUCAUCCUGUCUCUAAACGGCGUAGGUGUGCGUGGUGCCACUCAUGCGGAGUUCGUCCAACUGGUGCAGUCAAGUGGAGAUGAACUGGAGCUGGUGGUGCUGUUCCAAUCGCACCAGUGUGAUGCUUAUCACAGAGAUCUGGAGGCAACCGGAGUCUGUGUGGGCAACCCCAAUGCACCGCCUACGCCCUCGUGUAUUAGUUUAAACGGAGACGAACAAUCACUUGGUGAGUUCUCACACGACCCAGUGCAAUUGGCCGGCAACGCUAUUGCUGACAGUAUAGUCAAUCGGCCUUACGGCUUUCAAGACUACUGUUCUGUUGGCUCCGAGCCAGUCAAUGAAUUGUUCUGCUCUCUGUAAAUGAAUCCGUCCUACUAGUCAAUCUGCGCUGUGCCUUUCUCUGCUUGUUGAGGCAGGCAGGCAUCGUAGAUUUGUCUCGCACUUGAGUUUAGCCGGUGUUGGUAAAGUAGGCUCUUGAAAUAUAUUUGGCUUAUCAACAUUAUCCACAGUGUGUGUGUGUGCGUGUGUGUGUGCGUGUGCGUGUGAUAUUCUUUAUCCAACUUGUUAUCAGAAUAUAUGCAAAGAUAAUUUCCACAUUCAUAUUAUUAUGUAGUUACUCAUAAUACCGACCAGUAACUUACUUUGGCGUACAUGUAUAAUAUAUAUAUUUUUUUCUCUAUCACAGUCUUCUCUGGCUAUCCCCCAUUGUGAGGCGGCUACCGCAAUAUCCGGCCCAUCUCCCACUGUCUUACCUGCAUUCUAGCAAGAGUACAUAACCCCAGGGUUAUGUACUCUUGAUUCUAGUAAUUUAGAACGCACUAGCACUGAAUUCAUUUCCUCACGAAA